UUUUCCGGGUACGACACGUAAUAUAAAUAGGCUGAGUGCAGUCCGGGCGUCGGUAGAAUACACCAAGCCAAUGAUUCCCAUAUGUCCAGUAGUCUCCUUCACCUAUGUGCCCAGCCGGCUUGGUGAAGAUGCCAAAAUGGCUACCGGCAAUUACUUUGGAUUUACCCAUGGCGCUGCCGCCCAGUACAGUCAGCAGCCAGCUGCUGGGGUGGCAUAUACACAUCCCACCACAGUGGCCAGUUACACAGUCCACCAGGCACCUGUGGCAGCGCACACUGUUGCGGCGGCCUAUGCUCCCACGGCAGCCACAGUUGCUGUAGCUAGGCCUGCUCCUGUCGCUGUGGCAGCUGCUACUGCUGCAGCUUAUGGAGGAUACCAACCAACCCAUGCUGCCACUGACUAUGGCUACCCUCAGCGCCAACCUGAAGUCCCUCCACCCCCACCACCGGUCACCUCACAGAAUUACCAGGACUCCUACUCAUAUGUGCGCUCCACAGCUCCUGCUGUAGCCUAUGACAGUAAGCAGUACUAUCAACAGCCCACUGCUACAGCAGCUGUCGCUGCUGCACAGCCACAACCCAGUGUGGCAGAUUCCUACUACCAGACAGCCCCCAAACCCGGAUACAGCCAGGGGGUAACGUCAUACACCCAGAGCCAGCAGACUCGACAGGUGACUGUGAUAAAGCCAGCUGCGCCCAGUCCAGCCUCAUCCACUUUCUCCAUCUACCCAGUGACCUCCACUGUCCAGCCUGUGGCCGCUGCUGCAUCUGUGGUUCCUUCUUACUCCCAAAGCCCAACCUACAGCACAAACGCUGUCACCUACUCUGGAACCUCAUACUCUGGCUAUGAGGCAGCAGUUUACUCAGCUGCCUCCAGCUACUACCAGCAGCAGCAGCAGCAACAGAAGCAGGCAGUGGCAGCUGUAGCAGCAACAGCAGCCUGGACGGGGAAUACUUUCACCAAGAAGCCCCCAUUCCAGAGUAAGCAGCUUCGACCCAAGCAGCCGCCCAAACCCCCCCAGAUCCACUAUUGUGACGUCUGUAAGAUCAGCUGUGCUGGCCCACAGACUUACAAGGAACAUCUAGAAGGCCAGAAGCACAAGAAGAAGGAAGCGGCACUCAAAGUCUCCCAGAGCAACAGCAGCAGCGGAAGUGGUGGAGGAGUGUUGGCCCGUAAUGCUCAGAACCAGCUCCGCUGUGAACUUUGCGACGUCUCCUGCACUGGCGCAGAUGCCUAUGCUGCCCAUAUCCGUGGAGCCAAGCACCAGAAGGUUGUGAAGCUUCAUACUAAACUCGGUAAGCCCAUUCCCUCGACUGAGCCCAGUAUGGUUACUCAGACAUCGUCCUCCACCACAGCUGCUCCCAGCAAGACCACCACAGCCACCCUGAGCAGCUCCAGCACCACCAGCUCUCUGUGUAUGGCUGCCUCCUCUUCCCCUGCCAUGAGCUCCAGCCCCCCCUACCUGAAACCUGUGAACAUAGUCAGCAGUGGUGUGGCAGGUGUCAAGAACCCAUUGGCUAACAGCAUGUCUGCUGCCAACUCUGCCUCUGCUGGGAAGAAAGUCAAUGCCCCCAAGAUCAAUUUUGUUGGUGGAAAUAAAUUACAGACCACAGCGAAGAUAGAAGACGCCAGAGCGGAGGCUAAAGUAGAGGCUUCUAAAACUGCAACGCCUUCUACGGGUACUCAGGACCCCAAGAAUGACGUUUCAGAUUCUCUGUCCUCAUCCGCUCUGGCUGCACUGCAGAGUGACGUUCAGCCUGUCGGUCAUGACUAUGUAGAAGAAGUCCGAAAUGAUGAAGGCAAAGUCAUCCGCUUCCAUUGCAAGCUGUGUGAAUGUAGUUUCAAUGAUCCAAAUGCAAAGGAAAUGCAUCUGAAAGGCCGGAGGCAUCGCCUGCAGUACAAGAAAAAGGUGAACCCAGAUCUGCAGGUGGAAGUCAAACCCAGCAUUCGAGCCAGAAAGAUUCAGGAAGAGAAGAUGAGGAAGCAGAUGCAGAAAGAGGAGUACUGGAGAAGAAGAGAAGAGGAGGAGCGCUGGAGGAUGGAGAUGAGGCGUUAUGAAGAAGAUAUGUACUGGAGACGUAUGGAGGAAGAACAGCACCACUGGGACGAACGUCGUCGUUUACCAGACGGAGGGUAUCCACAAGGGCCUCCUGGUCUACUCGGAGUCCGGCCUGGCAUGCCGGGCCUGCAGCCUCAGGGUCCCGUGCCCCCACGUCGGCCUGAUUCUUCAGAUGACCGCUACGUCAUGACCAAGCAUGCAGCCAUCUACCCCUCAGAAGAUGAGCUUCAGUCUAUCCAGAAGAUUGUGUCGAUCACAGAACGUGCCCUUAAACUGGUGUCAGACAUCAUUACAGACCAGGACAAGGCCAAAGAAGAGGACAAAGAGAAAAAAGAACCUUCUAAAGACAGAGCCCUGAAGGGAGUGAUGAGGGUUGGAGUCUUGGCCAAAGGCUUGCUGCUUCGCGGGGACAAGAAUGUCAACCUAGUCUUACUCUGCUCAGAGAAACCCACCAAGAGCCUCCUCGCUCGCAUUGUGGAGCACCUCCCCAAACAGCUAACAAUGGUAACACCAGAAAAAUAUGAAGUCAAAGGAUCCAUCCAGGAAGCGGCCAUCAUUCUGACAUCCUGCACCGAGCCAAAGAUGCAAGUGACAAUCACCUUGACUUCACCUGUCAUCAGAGAGGAAAAUGGACAGGACGGAGAUGUAACUUCGGGUAUGGUGAAAGACCCAGCGGACGUCUUGGACAGGCAAAAAUGCCUUGACGCUCUGGCUGCUCUGCGCCACGCUAAGUGGUUCCAGGCUAGAGCCAAUGGACUUCAGUCCUGUGUGAUCAUCAUCCGAAUCCUGCGAGACCUCUGUCAGCGAGUUCCUACGUGGUCGCCCUUCCCAGGAUGGGCCAUGGAGCUGCUCGUUGAGAAGGCCAUCAGUAGCGCCUCCGCCCCCCUCAGUCCAGGUGAUGCACUGAGACGUGUCUUUGAAUGUAUUUCAUCUGGGAUUUUACUCCCUGGUGGGCCAGGACUGGUAGAUCCCUGUGAAAAGAAGCCUGUGGAUACUCUAACACCAAUGGGAGAGCAGCAGAGAGAGGACAUUACCUCAAGUGCCCAAUUUGCCCUGAGGCUGCUGGCAUUCCGUCAGAUCCAUAAAGUUUUGGGUAUGGACCCUCUGCCACAGAUAAACCCUCGCUUCAACGUCCGCAACAGCCGCAAGCGUCGCCGUGACAACAGUGAUGGGACAGACAGCUUUGAGGGCGAAGGCAAAAAGGACAAGAAGGAUUAUGAUAGUUUCUAAGUUCUCUGUUACUAAUUUAAUAUAAGCUACACAUAAAACUGUACUAACAUGUUGUAUGCGCAGUCUCCUGUUUACUGGCUAAGGUCCAGCAUUGCUGUUGUUUUUUUUUUGUUGUUUGUUUGUUUGUUUGUUUCGUUUCCCCUUUUUAAGAUGUAUCAGUGUAACAGCAGCUUCACACUGUGUUACACAAAGAAAAGUCAACUUGUGUACUGUUUUAGUUGUAGGUUUCUUAAAGUCGGGGUCCAGACCUCUCUGUACUAGAUGAAGCUGUUUUUACCUGAUGUGCUUCUGAAAUAGAAGUGUUGAUGACAGUGGCCUCUUAAGCUUCUGCUGCUGCUGCUCCCCCCUGAACUAUGUUUUUGUUUUCUAAGCUGCAGAAGGUAGAGACCACAGGGUCAGAACCGGAGCCAGUCUUCUGUGUUGUGGAUCAGGAGGUAAAGCAACGCUAAAUGUAAAUGCCUUCAUUCAUCUAUAUAGUUUCAUUCAGAGGUGGGUGCUGUCGUUGUUGUUGUGAAGCAUUCAGCAUUCAUUUGGCCAACAUUUCUUUUCAUAGUUUUCUUUUGAGAAUGAAUUACUGUGCUUAAUGCAAGUGAUGUUUGAUGCUGUGGUCUUGUUCUGUCACAAUGCUAGGCUACACGUAAGAUAAAAGACCUAUGAGGCAUUGCACAAAGAUUCAGAAGAACUUUAACUGUUAAUAGAUUCUCUGUUAGAAGUGAAGUCGUCAGCCCUAAAUGUCAGUGUUAUGUCUUUUUACUUUCAUGUACAGGACCUGUCCUGAGUUUGGACACAAUGUCUCAUUCAAUGGUUUUCUUCAUUUGUAUUGUUUUCUCCAUUGUAGAUGAACACUGAAAACAUCAGAACUGUGAAAUAACACAUAUGGAACGAGGUGGUACACAAAGAAUCUGUUUUAUAUUUCAGAUUCUUUUGCUUUCACAGCAUUGCACACUCUUCAUUCUCUGUCAUGUUCAUGAGGUCGUCACCUGGAAUGAUUUUUCCAUUGUUGUGGGACCAUCUUUUGUUUUCCACUAUCUUUUUUUUUUUUCUCUCUCUCUCUAUCUCUCUUUUUGACCUGGCCAGUAGAGAUGAUUUGGGAUGAGUUAGACCACGGGGUGAAGGAAAAAGCAGCCAAUAAGUGCUCAGCAUGUAUCAUAUAUAUCAUAUCCUUCAAUACUGUUGGAAUAUGAUUCCAGGUGACGACCUCAUGAAGCUUGUUACAUAACUCCAUAUGUGUCACCUCAUAGUUUUGAUUUUUAGUCUUAAUCUACAAUGUAGAAAAUAAUAAAAACCAUUAAACAAGAAGCUGUCCACACUUUUGACCUGUGCAAGUAUUUGUAUAAUCUUUAAAUGGAUGAAAACAUUUUAGUUUGUGAAGACAUGGCCAUGUUCAUAAUGCAUACUUUUUUGGCUUUUAAAGUUUAGUUUUCCUGAUUGAUAGGAACUUUAUGGGCUUGCUUGCCUUUUAACUUGGUUAGGUGCUAAGUUAUGUCCAGUACUGGAAGUAAGAAUAAAAACCAUGACUGGGAGGGUCUUCAGUGUAGGUUCUGUUGUGAAUGCUUGCUGUGCUCUGCAUUCUGCUUUAUAAUUCCACUAGCAGAAUAAAUACAUUUCCAGAUUGAA